CCACUGGGCAACACACAUGGUGAGAACAUGGUGGAAAACCUUCCUCCAGUGCACCACAAGGCGACUGGAUGAUUUCAGACUCACUGUAUCAGUCAGAAAUCUACCCCACGCCCCAUCCGUCAGCCCCACUAAAGCCCAGAGCUCAGACGUGCCACACACAGGAUUCAGAUCAGUGUUCGACAUGCACACGGCCACUCUGCCAAAUGUCUCAGUAGCUGCAUGCAGCUGUUGUAUGACGACUACUGGGGAUGAUAAAGAGAGCAACAGGCCUUCAGCAGCCGGGUUUAGAUCUAGUCUGGAAUCACUGAGCAUGACUUUGAGCUCUGGUUCUUAUACUGAACUUACACAGACUCUCGAAUACAACCGAUUAACUCUGGCAGAAUUAAAUCACAUCAUAUGUUAUCAUUAA